AUGGAUGAGAAGCAAUUCAAAAGAAGCGUAACGAAGUACUUCGGAGAAGCAACAGCAAAAGUAACCAAAGAAACAACCGAAGAUGAAAUCAAACGUAUUUAUGCUGCACGGUCAGCAACAUAUGACGAGGUACUCUGAAAUAGUUAAAUAAUAAUAAUAAGGGUCAGGGGUACGAUGUUGCACAUUGCCGUUUGACCCACCGGACACCUGACCAUCAUUCAGGGUUGCGUUUCUCUAAUGUUCCAGGCUACCGAUCUGUAAUACCAGUAAUACCUUUCACGAGCCCGAAGGGUGAACGCGAUUUGUGGUCUUUGAAAACAUUUACACGUGCUUAUUUAUUCCAAAUUGCACGAGAAAAAUCAAGUGAUUACGUAUUAAUAAUAUACAUGGAAAAAUACUAGAUAGCUAUCGUAAUUAUGCAGAGGAAGAAUUUAUUCAAACCCUGCAAGUGACAUUGUGCGUUCCGUCAAAACAACCGUGAACGAUCAAAACAAUAAUAGUCAACGAUAUUUUCACAUCUUUAAGGCACAAAAAAGUUCAAAAUCCGAAUAAAGAGUUCAGGGAAUUAUUCGGUCUGGUUUGCGACUUCUUUGUACUGAAUCAACUCUCUUCUGCAUUGAAUUACCUGAAAACUUCAUUUAUCUUUACCAAUCAGAACUGAGUAAUCUUUUCAUGUACCUUAUUACCCUUGCGAACUGAAUUCCCAGUUUUCUAGAAUUCCUAGGAAUUCUCAAAAAUUCCCAAUUAUGCAAAUGACCCUUGCAAACUGAAUUCCCAGUUUUCUGGGAAUUUCUGGGAAUUCCUAGGAAUUCUCAAAAAUUCCCAACUAUGCAAAUUAACUCUGAUUUAAAAAGCUUGGAAUUACUGGGAAUUUCUGGGAAAGUGGAAUUCUUAGGAAUUCUCAGCUUUACAAACUACCUAUAAUUUAAGAAGUGUGGAACUCUUGGGAAUUUCUGGGAAUUGAAUUUGAGGCAAUUUUAAUACCCUGAGGUCCACAUAAAUUCUAAGAAAUUCUCAAUACCUUGAAUGUGAACGUUUUAAGAAAAAGAGUAAUGUCAGAGGCUUAAAACUUUGGCUCAAUAAAAGGUAUGCUAUACAAAACUUACCAAGAGAUAUACAUACAUGUACAUGUUUAUAACUUAAAGAUCAUGAAAUUUAUUAUUCAAACUAAGUUUUAGUAAAUCUUUACAUUAAUAUGGAUUAUCUCAUGAACCAGCAGUCAGUUAUGUUAAAUGGAAAUUGCCAACUUCCACAAUAAUUAACGAUAAUUACAUUGUUAUCUUACUUCCCUAACCUACAUUACUGGUUGCCUUUGUUAGAAAACCUUGGAACAGUCAAGCUCAGUUGCCUCAAACGCUGUCAGAGACUUUUUGUUGACAAUACUUUUAGUAGAAAUUUCAUGCCUUAGACAAACAAAUUCAACACCUAAUUAAUCUUUCUUUUUUCAUGAUUGUUGUUGCUGCUUUUUUUUUCAGUUUUUUGCUCUAUUUUCAUGACUAAUUGCUGUAACUUGUUUUGCUGUUUUUAUUCUUACAAAACAUUUUUGUAAGAGUUCCAAUACUUAUGGAUCAUCCACACACUUUGCAAACAUUUCGCAUGCAGACAAGACAGAGGUAGUCAAUGUUCGCUUUGAGAAAAAACAACUUUUAUAUGUCUUCAAUUUACUUUAUUUGAAACUCUGAUCUGAAAAUAUUUGUCAACAAGACUUGUUAGUAGUGAGAAGUACCAACCAAGUUUUCUUUCAUUACUUAAUUUCUUAAAUGUCCCAAUCACUGGAUCUCCCAAAAAAUAUUACAUCUUUUUAUUUUUGGUGCAAAUUACUAGUCCUUCUUUAUAUAAAAAUGAAAAGUGCUAGUCACACUUCAAUAAUAACAGCUCUUAAGUUUACUUGUUGUUCUUCUCUGUCUGUCAGCCAUCAACAAAAUUGUUUUAUACUUCGGGCAGUGCAUAACUAUUUGUGGACCAGAGUUCCAACGCACCUUUGUAAUCGCAUAUAGCUACUUCUGUCUCUUGUACAAAUGUUUCUCCUUUGUAAGACGCACUCUACUCUGUUGUCAAUACUGCUUUAAUUUCAGUGGAAACGACUGACUGAGGAAUCGAGAUGGCGUUGUUGGAACGUGUUGCUGAACGCUUGCUACGGUCAAGCUUUGUAGAUUUAGGUACUGGUACACUGGGAUCAUCUAUGUAUCUCUUAUACUUCCGAAUGUGGUAUCCUUCUUUUAUAAAUAUGAGGGUAAAAGACGAUUUGUAGUCGCAUUCAAAACUGUGAUUGACUUGUGUUAUUUCUCACCUUUGUCAUAAACACAACUCACAAAAGUGAGUUUCGAGUCUUUGUUUCCUCGACAACUUUCGGCCACAAAUCGUGCAUUUGUAAUACGAUCGAUUCUUGUCGAUUAUUUCUACAUAGAGUGAGCUCACAUCUUUAUUUAUAUCACCAAGCUAUCCAUCUUCUAGAAGCAGAGAACCGGUCGGAGAAGUCAGAAUAAAGUUAGGCGCUUCUCUUAACACUGCAAUCGGCAAGCCAGCGGAUUCACUUUGCUAGCCAAUGACAAGUCCUAAAAGAUCCACGUGAUCAUGCCCGUGAUCGGAAACAAAGAAGACUCCAUUUGGCGCUCAUCUUUGAAUGUACUUUUCAUCGGUUGAUCGCUUUUCUCAACUGUUUUGCUUAAUAUAACAUUUCUAAAGGUAGCUUUUAUUGUGGUUCAAUGGGAAAACCAGAAUAGCGUGAGUGUUGUAAAAGAAAAGAAAGUCGUUGGCGCCGUGGAGUUAAAAGAAGGGACAACAGUUGACAUAUUGACUGGUACAAACAAGGGUCGAGUGGCCAUCUGUAAAGCUACGAUUUUGAAAGUUUGUGGUGAGUAAAAAUUGCGAUAUUCGUUACGUGAUAAAAAUCUUAUAAAAGAAUGGAUGUAGCAGGUUGAAUUAAGCUUACAUAACGCUCGGCGCAACUGAAAUUAGAAUAAUUCUGAGAAUCGAAUCGGUCACUUGCAUGCCGCAGUUUCUUAAGCGUAUGCUUUACAAUGAAUUAAAGCUAUCAGUAAGGUUUCAAGAUUCCUCUAGUCACGUUUGGGAACAUUCAAGAUUCAUAAUAGGAACUGUUAUUAAACAAACCUUAGUACAUAAAGAAGCCCUCCUUAGUAAAAACAAAAUAAUGUAUUCAGCCCUUUUUUAGUAAAAUCCAUGAGAGAGAUGUACUAACUCCAAUAUAAAAGUCACUCAAUAUAACAGAGAUUUCUCAAUUUGAGAAUCCAAUGAAUGCCCUUUUCCUCAUAGCAAUCUUAAAAGCCUGGUCUGAGCUUUAAAUAUACAUAUUUUAAUAUAUUAUUUUUUUUCAAAUUCAGAUGUCAAGGAAUCCAGAUACAAAAUGGUCAAGGUUCUUGUAGACAACCUCAUUCAAGGCCAACUCAUUGUGAGCCCAGGAAAAAAAAUACAAACAGUACAAACAGCAGCUAAGUUUGCAGUUUAGGAUAACUUCACUCUAAUUUAUUGUUACAUUUACAACAAGAUUUUAAUCAAAAAAUCAAUAAAAUUAUUUUAUUUGUCUGUAAUUAGCCCCUUCACUCCCAAGAGUGCUUGGUUUUCAAAUAUAACUUAAGAUAUUGUAUUUUAUGGGAAAGAAUCAACAGAUUUUAUUCACAAUUUGUGUCAAACCAAAUUUAAUGAUUGAUUAGAACCAUUUUAUAUGAAUAGCUGUAAUUGAGGAUUAAUCCGUAUGAAGUUUUCAAGAAAAGAAAAAAUAAAUCAAAUUCCAUCCUAAUAUUACCACACAUUGAUGUUAAUAAUUAAUCAAAAAUAUUUUACAUGUAAGCCUUAAUUAAGCUUCUUAAUAAAUUUCAUUGAAUACUUGAAUUUUAGCUGGGUUUUUUUAAUUUAAAGUAUUUAUUUUAUAUCAUUAGCCUCAAAUUUUUGCUUAAAAUUCCCAGUAAUUCUUAAACAUUCCUAAAAAUUCCCAGAAAUUCCUAGGAAUUUUUUAGAUUUACAGCUUUUCAGGGAAAGUCAUUGGUUCUCUGAGUUGGAAUUCCUAGGAAUUCCAAGUCCUGUUGGCUAUAAACUUGGAAUUUCUGGGAAUUUCUGGGAAUUUCUGGGAAUUUCUGGGAAUUUCUGGGAAUUUCUAGGAAUUUCUAGGUUUUUAGAACCAGAGUUGUUAUGGUUGGGAAUUCCUAGGAAUUCCUAGGAAUUCCCAGUCCGAAUUUACCGUGAAAAUUCACACCUUUAUUCCGAGGAAUUCCAAAAGCCAUUUCGCAAGGGUAGCUCAAAAACUAGUUUAUCUUACCUUGUGUCCCGAUAUUUUCAUUGUUUAAGUUCAAAUUUUUUAAGGAAAUGUCUCGAUUUUGAUUGAAAACAGAUCAGCUUUUUGGGUCCAUAAAAUUACCGGAGCUCUCGAGGAAAAGGGGCUCAAGGCGACACCAGACUAGUGUCGUAUUUAUCGAACACCUAGUCUUAAAAACCAGCUUGAACUUUCUCAUCAUAUAGGAAUGUACAGCGGUUCGCGCUUCAUAUUCGAAGCCACUGGCCGAAUCUUUGCAUAACGCCCUUAAAGAAGUUUACCAAGACAAGGCAAAGGAUCAGAUCAAAAUCAUUGACGCUGGAGCCGGAACAGGGCUGAUUGGAGUUGAGCUCAAGAAACUCGGAUACACCAACCUAUGUGCUUUGGAGAUCACAGCUGAGAUGUUAAAGGAAGCAAAAGAGAAAGAGGUCUAUAGUGAGUUCAUCUGCACGUCUUUGAACGGGCAGCUGAUAGCUCACAUUAAAUCAGGGCAAUUCGAUGCUUUGAUUUGUGGUGGGGCGCUCCUUACAGGACGUAUCGGCUCAUCUGCUUUCGUGGAGAUGAUAAGAAUGGUUCAAACUGGUAGGUCUUUCGUAGGAGUUUACCGUGGCACAAAUAUA